UCCACUUGUUCCCGGCCCCGCGGGGCUGAUCAGAAAGCGCCCAAGGAGCUGGGAAGAAGUCCAUGGGAGCGCUGGUCCAAGGUGGAGCUUCGUGGACGGGGGCAAUGACUUGCAAGUACCUCUUCUUGGGGCUGGCUGUCUUCUCUUCGCUUAUCCAAGUUGUGAUAGAAGCCAGCUCUUGGUGGUCUCUGGGCAUGAACCACAUGAAUCCCGUUCAGAUGCCAGAGGUGUACAUAAUUGGAGCCCAGCCCCUCUGCAGCCAACUGGCGGGGCUCUCUCAAGGACAAAAGAAACUCUGCCACUUGUACCAGGACCACAUGCAGUACAUUGGCGAGGGAGCAAAGACAGGAAUAAAGGAAUGCCAGUAUCAGUUCCGCCACAGAAGAUGGAAUUGUAGCACUGUGGAUAAUAGCUCUGUGUUUGGCAGAGUCAUGCAGAUAGGCAGCCGGGAGACUGCCUUCACGUACGCUGUCAGCGCUGCUGGGGUGGUUAACGCCAUGAGCCGUGCCUGCCGAGAGGGGGAGCUCUCUUCCUGUGGCUGUAGCAGGGCCGCCCGCCCGAAAGAUCUACCUCGGGACUGGCUGUGGGGUGGCUGUGGGGACAACAUUGACUAUGGCUACCGCUUUGCCAAGGAGUUCGUGGAUGCCCGCGAGAGAGAGAGAAUAUACCAGAAAGCAUCUUACGAGAGCGCUAGGAUCCUGAUGAACCUCCAUAACAAUGAGGCAGGGAGGAGGACGGUGUACAGCUUGGCAGACGUGGCCUGUAAAUGUCACGGCGUAUCUGGAUCUUGCAGCUUGAAGACCUGCUGGCUGCAGCUGGCCGACUUUCGCAAGGUCGGUGACGCUUUGAAGGAGAAAUACGACAGCGCCGCCGCCAUGAAACUCAACCCCCGGGGCAAGCUGGUGCAAGUGAACAGCCGCUUCAAUCCGCCAACCAUCCACGAUCUGGUGUACAUUGACCCCAGUCCCGAUUAUUGCGUGCGCAAUGAGAGCACUGGCUCCCUGGGCACCCAGGGCCGGCUCUGCAACAAGACUUCGGAAGGCAUGGACGGCUGUGAACUCAUGUGCUGUGGCCGGGGCUAUGACCAAUUCAAGACGGUGCAGACGGAGCGCUGCCACUGCAAGUUCCAUUGGUGCUGCUACGUGAAAUGCAAGAAGUGCACAGAGAUUGUGGACCAGUUCGUCUGCAAAUAGGUGGAGAUGGGUGGGAGGAGCUGCUCUGCUCGACCAGCAGGGGGCGGGCAAAUGGCCCCAAGAGGAUCUCCACUCUUAUUUAUAGAGCCCAAUGGGUUGCUUUUCUUGUUUAUAUAUUAAAAAAAUCUUUUGCAAAGAGAAGUGAUGGGAAAUCUUGCUGCAUCCAGCUCAGACUGUGCAUAGUUUUAUAUUUUUUGCAAUAAUGGGGAGAACCUGAGAGAAUAUUUAUUUUACACGAUUGGAAUUAAGACUUACAAAAGAGGGAGAGAGAGAGAGAGAGAGAGAGAGAGAGAGAGAGAGAGAGAGAGAGAGAGAGAGAGAGUAGGUCAAAGGGAAAUCCACCCUAUCCCCAUAUAGUGUCAUGGGACAUAGUACAUAUGCAGUAGAUGAGGUAUCCAUGUCACAUGCUUUGGAUCAGAGCCUGACCCAUACUGACUUGGCGACAUACCAAUCUCUGUACGUGAUAGUUCUUCUCAGCUCUAGUGACCCAAAAGAAUCCAAACAGAUGCAACAUUGACUGGGAUAUCAGUGAGGGUUAGUGUGAACCUUUCCUACCAUCAGUCGCGUGGCAACGUUGAAGUCUGGGUGGAAGCAUGAAUUCAUGAAAGCCACAGCUCCGCUGCUAGGUAACAUCCAAAGACCCAUGAAUGUUAACACGGUGAUUUCUAUUUAGGCUUGGGAGUACCUGCGAAUAUGCAUUGUGGGGUGAUGCCAACAAAGGACCGCACAUGAACGGGUCUUAGGAAGGGAAGGCAGAGUUCUCUUGUCAGCGUCACUCACACAAUGCAUUCUGUCAGGAGUCUCGGCAGAGAGAAGACACCCUGUGAUUGGAAUGGGUUAAGAGCCAUUCUAGCCUCAAAAGAACUAGCAAGACAAAGAGGAAGCAAAUCUGACUUGGGCUGCACAGGGUCGAUCGAAGCAGAAUUUGGAACAUUUCCACAUCCAGUAAAAUAUGCACAUUUCAAAAGCCUUUACUGCCUUACUUAAAGAGAAUAUUGAAGAAUGAUCUGUGGAAUUUCUUAAAGUGUGUGUGUGCUAGUUCGCCUGUGCUGGAAACUGCAGCCAUCGUGCGCGUGCAGUUUGCAAAGUCCAUGAAAAAAGAAGAAAGAAUGAAUUUGGAAACCAAUUCUUUAUUUCUGAUGCUGGUUGUUGGUUCCCUUUCAGAAACGGGAGUCCACUGAUAGCAUUGUGGAAUUUAGGAAAACAUUGAGUUAGUGAUACAAUAAUAAGCGGUGACUCCGGUUCAGAAUGCAGUGUGGCAGCAAAACCCACUUUAUCAUCCUGUGUUUCUUUUGUUUGUUUUAAUGCACAAUGCUUUAGAAAGUAUAUUGCAGUUAUGCACAAACUGCUCAGACUGUACUGGAGCAGUUUACUUAUAUAUGGGGAAAAAAACUAUGGUCUGCUGGUGUCUGGUAUCUCAACCCCCCUUUCUGUGCAUGUAUGUUGUCAAUACAAACAGCAAACCAAUGAUUUCUUCUUUUUUAAAAAAAAGAAUAUAAAGGCUGUUCAGGGCUGUUUCUUUGUUUAGACUGAGGAUUUCUUAAAUUUACACACACACACACACACACACACACACACACACACUAACAGAUCACAUCAGAGUUUUUAUUUAGGUUGGAUUCUAGCCUUUUUUGGGGGUGGGGGUGGGGUCAUAAUGCAUGAGUGUUGAAGGGUAAGCCAGUCACAAUUUAAUAAAUUUUCUUCCCCACUCUCCCAGAAAGUGUAGUAUCUUCCAGCUCAAUUUAGUGAAAGCUUCUCAAGCACACCCUCCAGUGAUGGUUGUGUUCUUCGGUUAUAAACCUGGAAAGCUUAAUGCAUGAGUUUAUGACACAUUUAAAAUCUCUCUUCCUGCAAGGGCAUUAUUGCUGAUAAUGGAAAGAGAUACACGCACACAGACACAUUUCUUACACAAAUGGUGGCCCAGUUCUAACGUAAAAAGCAAAGUCUCUUUCCCUUGCCACAAACUUGGCGCAUCCUUUCAAUGCUUCCAAUCAAGACCUCAUCCCACAUUUAUGGUGGCCAAUAAAUACAAGCAGAUUGGAUUGGAAGGAAUGCCAAGCCUCCAACUUCGUAUUUCUGUACUAGAAACUUCAAUUUUUCACAAGCCUAUGAGCUGUCUCAUCAAUGCCAGCGUGAUUAUCAGCUUUUAAAAUGAUGAUUGCUCUUAAUUUAUUGUGCAAGGAAAUAUUUACUUCCCUGAUUCCUGGUGUUUGCAAACCAAUGUCAACCUUUUUUAAAAAAUAAAUAAAAAUAAAGCACUAGUUCAUUGAAUACGUCACUUUUGGUUUUUAUUAUACAAAAACCAUAACCCAUU